UCUUCCUCUCUGCAAAUGAAAUAUGCUCUAAUACCGUGAAAUUAAAGCAGCAUAAUUGUCAUGACAGCCCGCCAUAAAAAAUGUCAUGACACUGCUCAACUCAACUCAACUUUUUCGCGCCGUCUAGGAAAAUAAUUUCAUUUGCUUUGUGUGUUUGAAUAGCGAAACAUUAAUUUCUUUUGUUUUGGGAGUUUAUUUAAAUUGGUGUUAUUGUUAUUCACCCGGCCGGAAGUUAGUCAGCCCCGAUAGGAGAACGAAAGUGGGUGAAAUUGAACACUUUUCUUGGAUUUUUUUUUGCCUACAAGAGAUGGUCCUCAUUUUCUGAUCAUGACGAUGAGAAAUUGGCAGCUGCGAUGUGCAGAGCUAAAGCAGCGUGGAGAGUACCUCUUCAAGUCCAAGUUGUGGUCGGACUGUGCGUUCCAACUGGGCGAUGUGACAAUCAAGGCACACAAGUUGAUAAUGGCAAUGGCCUCGCCUUUUUUCACAAAGAUGUUUUACGUAGAACAUGUAAAUAGCCCCGUACCAAUCUACGACGUGCGGCCCGAUGUUUUCAAUAUCUUGCUGGAGUACAUAUACUCUGAUAAUCUAAACAUAGAGUCAUCCAAAGAUGCCUGUGACCUCUACUACGCAGCCAAGAGGUGGCGGUUGCCAUACAUUGCCAAGGAAUGUGCAAAGUACCUCAGUGAGCAUAUGACUCCGGAUAAUGUUUGUCAUAUCUAUCAAGUGGCCUGCGAGGGUGAUGACGCCCCUUUGCAGAGAGCUUGUGAAAAGAUAUUCAGUACUAAAACCAUGGAAGUACUGAAUGAUGGAAGUUUCUUACAAGCAGAUCUAGCUACAGUUGUAAAGUUGUUCUCUUUGGACCCUCUCAACAUAUACAAUGAACUAGAUCUUUACACUGCUGCUGUAAAAUUUGCUAACCAACAGGAUAAGAAGGCAGGAAACAGAGCAUUGAAGAGACUGGAGAAAGAUGGGGUAAUGGAAUGUUCGACACCCAAGAAAGAGCCGUCGCCAGCCAAAAGGCCGCGAAUUGAUAAUACCAAUGGAUCACAAGGUGAUGGAAAGGAUAGGAGUACUGUUUCGUCUGAUAUGUUUCAGGACAAAGAUAAAGAAAAUAGCCCUCCAUGGACUGUCCGUUCGCCAGGUCAAAUCAGCCAGAAUUCACACGAAACCGCGUCGGAAUCUACAGAUAGUGACGUGACUAGAGAUGACAAACAGAAAGAGGAAUACAGAGACCUGCUCAAACAGAUCCGCUUCUUCACGUUGACUCCACAAGAAUUCGCAGAUUGUGAAAUAUUGUCAUCACUGCUCACAGAAUCUGAAAUUUUGUCAUUGAGUUUGAAUAUAGCGUCAAAAGAAUCACCUGCACCGACACCCGAUUGGUUCUCUACAACUUAUGUACCACGGACUCAGGCUACAAAAGAAGAGCGGUCGAGGUUAGCAGCGGUAUUUCGUUCUACCAUCCAUAACUUUAAAACCAUCAAGAAGUACGAAUCCGUACCGUUUUACCUCCGCAACUGUGCUUGGACAUUGAUGACUAUGCCUACAGAAGCUAAUCUCGAGGAUAAGGAUAACAUUGUAGUAGCAGUCACAUGCUUUCACGACGGUAACAUUCAAGAAUGGAUGCAACAUUCUAAAGUCAAAGUGAAAUUCUGUACUCAUAAAACUGUACCGAAGCAUCUUCAGAAAGUUGGCUUGAAGUUGAGUGAGCCUUACGUAGACUAUGGUAUGUGGGUGACGAAAUUCGACCGAGAAGAGCUUUUUAAUCCCGAAUACGGCUUCAUCGACGAUUUCAAUGCUGUGACCUACAAAGUGUAUGUUAACACUGUACCGAAAUCGUCCGAUUCACCGGUACUACCUGUUCUGAGGAAUGUUGAAUUAAAUGCUUCUGAUGCUUCAAACUUGCAAAUGCCUCGAACACCGCCUUCUACACCACAGUUCUUCGUACCAUCUGUGAAUACGACUAUUGCUCCGUCAAACGCUUUAAAGCCUGUAUCAACACCAUUAGGUUCAUCACGACCAUCAACUCUUCUGACCACUUCAAUAGCUACUCCAGGAUCUACAUUGUCCGUCACAUGCAAUAGAAAGAUACCCGUGGGCACAACAGCAAAAAUAGCACUACCUUCUGUGACUACGCCAAUCAUUUCAUCAAACGCCUUGAAGCCUGUAUCAACGCAUUCAAGUUCCUUACGACCAUCACCCACUGUGACAACUCCAAGAGCUACCCCACGUUCUAAGGUACCCGUUACAUGCAAUACAACACCUUCGUCUACUAUCAGAAAUACACAUGUAACAACAACAGUAAAAGCAGAACUAUCUUCUGGAACUAAGCUAGUUGCUUCUUCGAAUGCUUUAAAGCAUGUGUCGCCGAAUUCAGGUUCUUCACGGCCAUCACACACUGUGACCACUCCCUUUACAGCUCCACGUCCUUCUGCGGUUUCCGUCACAAGCAAUGCAACGCCUUCACCUACUAUUACGACUACAUCUCAGAUGCACCCGCCAUCGGUUGCGACUAAAACACCGAGAUAUAUGUCCCCUGCUGUAACUAAUUCAACCCAUAUACGUCCACCACAAGUACCCUCUGCGAAAGCAAAGUCGCAUCCAUCACCUAGUGUGACUGCGGCGCUUUUGCCCUUGAUUGUAUCACCAACCGCUAUAAUGUCCCGACCGUCAACCCCUGUAACACGGGGGCGGGACAUUGUAGUAACGCCCGUUGUAACACAUACAGCCAUAAUGUCACAGACACCCGCUAUUUCUAAUGUCACUACAUCGCUUACAUCUGCACGGUCUUCAACCCUUAUAAACACAUUACCAACACAUAUAUCACAAGCAUCCCCUGGGACGAUGCUUAGACCACUUACGUCAUCCCGCCCGUCAACCAUUUUAACAGACUCUUCACAAGUAUUCCCACCGAGUAUGAUCACUCCUUCAAUGUUAUCGAUAUCAUGCGCAUCUCGCGGGGUCAAUUUGAACACAUCGCCUUCAACUAACCUGAUAAAAACAUUACCAGCAUCCAUUGGAAAAGUAUCGUCGAACUCGUCGUCUAUGCCAGUACUAUCACACUCCACAGUAGGGUCUUUACGCCGGUCUCCUACUGUGAAAGUGACUUUGUCGCAUCCGACAGUUCCAAUAUGUCGACCACAAGUGUUUACUGCUAAAGAAUCAUCAAACACAUCGCCUAAUCCACGCCCAAUGCUCCGCCCGUCACCUACAACAACCUCUUUACAGACAUGUGUAUCAAACGUGACAAAUUCGAUCAUGUGCUUAUCAUACCCAUCCACAAAUGUAACAUCAUCAUUACCAACAUACCUACUAUCCACUAAUAUACUAGACCAUUCCUUACAGUCACGCCCGUCAAAAGCUUCCAUAAUAUCUUCAGGUUCAUCACCUUUAACUACAUCGCUUCCGUCACCUGACAUAUCAAUUGUUGUGACAUCUUUAUCUCCAAUAGAAUCUUCUGAAGCAUCAUCUCCGAUAUUGUCAACAGAUGUGACGCCUGAUAUACCAAACCCGAAGUCCAGUGAUGCAUCACUUAUUGUUAAAACUACGUUACUGACGCCUGUUGCUGCUCCUUUAAUCGGUUCAUCUCCUACAUCACCUGUGGUGCCCUCUUCACUUACAUCCACUUCCACCAAAUUAAUACAAACAUGCCAAUCAUUGACUUGUUCUUCAACUGCUGUAGAUACUUCUAUACUGUCAACACAUGCAACUUUAGCGUCGAUACCUAAUGAUGAUGACAGUGACUGUUUUGAACACACACCAAAGAAAAGCAAGUAUGACGAUGACGAAUCAAAUAAGGAGAAAGAUAAAAGAAAAGAAGAAAUUAAAUUAGCGAUAAAUGACAGUGAAAACGACAUGGACUUCGAAAAAUCAAAAUCAUUUAUGAAAGUGUUAUCUCUACAGGAAUUGGCAUUUGCCAUGUUGGGGCCACUACUUUUAAAAGAAAUUGAUUUUUUGGAUGAUUCAUUUUUCGACUAUAGUAAUGAGAAUCAUAAAGAUGAUAAGAAAAAAUACAGAACUGAGUUAUUUGUGAAACAGCCUCCAUCACUGAAAGAAAUUGCAUUUUCUAUGCUAAAACCAAUGAUAUUAAAAGAUGAUUAUGAUUCUCUGUUUAACUAGAGAUUUUUAUUGCAUGUUUUUAUUAGUAGGUAUAAUUAAAUUUUUAGAUGAAACAAUUGAUCUUUUAUGAAGACUGAAAUGAUUAACCAAUUCUGUGUUGUUAGAUAUUUAGGCUUAGAAUAUUA